AUGAGCGCAAACAGCCCCUCCUGGGACCAGGCUGUUCUCCAGCCUCCGGUGUGUGAUGCUUGGAAGGAGAUUACAGAGGAAGCAGCCUACCAGCUGGCCAGCUGCAUUGUCCUCCUGGGUUACAUGGGGGGAAGUGGCAUCUUUGGGUCCCUCUAUAUCUUUGGCCUCCUGGCCCCAGGCUACUUCUGCUACGCUCUGUGGGGCUGGCUGAGUGCUUGUGGGCUGGACAUCUUCAUCUGGAACAUGCUGCUGGUCCUCACCUGCUUGCUUCAGCUGGCUCACCUGGCGUACCGGCUCCGCAGAAACACCAUCCCAGAAGAGUUUGACCUCCUCUACAAGACCAUGUACCUGCCCUUGCAGGUGCCCCUGGAAGUCUACAAAGAAAUUGUGAAGUGCUGUGAGGAGCAGGUGCAGUCGCUAGUCAGAGACCAGAAUUAUGCAGUGGAGGGCAAGACGCCCAUCGACCGCCUCUCGCUGCUGCUGUCUGGCAGGAUCCGAGUGUGCCAGGACGGACAAUUCCUUCACUACGUCUUUCCAUACCAGUUCCUGGACUCUCCAGAAUGGGAGUCACUGCGACCUUCUGAGGAAGGAACUUUCCAGGUGACGCUGACAGCCGAGACCGACUGCAGCUACAUCACCUGGCCGAGGAAGAAGCUGUAUCUCCUCCUGAGGAAGGACCGCUACAUCGCCCGCCUCUUCUCCUCCCAUCUGGGCUAUGACAUCUCGGAGAAGCUCUACUCCCUCAACGAGAAGCUCUUCGCCAAGUUUGGCCUUCGCUUCGACAUCCGCCUGCCCAGCCUCUACCACGUCCUUGGGCCGGCCUCCUCGGAGGGGGAGUCGGAGGACUGUGAGGAGCUGCUGCCGGGCCCUGGCCAGGCCGGCGUCUCUGAGGCGCCGCCGCAGCCGCCGCCGCCACCGCCGGCCCCGCGCCCGCGGGCGUCCCGGCCCGACAGUGAUCUGCUGGGUGAGGACUCCACCAGUCUUGUCUUGGAAGAUUUUGCUGAGUUGCCGGGGUCUUUUAUGGACUAUGUGAGCGAAGGGGACUCUUCCCUGUCCAGUUCUCUCCCCAUCCCCUGCAAAGGACGAGCCCCUCUGGCUCCCACUCAGACCCCCGAACUCUAG